AUGAGGAAAAUUUUCAGGUCUCCUUCAGAUAAUCGACUUUUACUUGACGCUCAAAGGCAAGAAGAUUCAGAAAUGGGUCAAAUGAGGAACUUAAUCCAAGACACACUUACAGAAAUGACAAAAGAGCAGUUAAAAAACAAAGAAAAAGCUCAAGUUCUGUUUAGUGAAGUUGUAAGAUUAGGCGAAAUGAACGAAAAAACAAGCGGCUUUCUACAAAAUUUAUCAUUAACUGUAGAAAAUAGACUGUCUCAGCUUGAAAGUCGGCUGAGUCUUGGCGAAAGAUCAGUUGUAAGCUUGGACUCUAAGAGUGAUCAAGGCGUCUCCUUACUUAUGGAUUUAGCAGGAAAAGUCGAAAACCGCGUCCAAGGGAUAGAAACAGCUAUUCUGGCUUUAGGCUCUGAGCAGCAAUACGACCACAAACUAAUAGACAACGUCAAUGUCAACUCUCAAAAGCUUCAAGAUGAUUUAAAAAAUUUCCUAAAGCAGUUACAGAUUGACAUACAGCAAAGACUCGAAAUACGAUCAAGCGAAAUGCUAAACAAAUUAAUGCUCGAACAAGAAGAAAGGCUAAGGCAUCAUCAAGAUCUCAAGAACAAUUUUGAGCUUAAAGAUAAAAUGACACAGGAAAAAAUCCAAUUUGACAGAGACGAAUUUCGGGAUAAAUUUUCAAGCUUUGAGAGCUAUUUUAAGACUGAGCUUCAAAGAAAAGAAGAAUUAAUUAAUCAUAUCAGCUCCACUCUGGAUAUGCAAAUUAAAGGGAUUUAUGAUGCCAUUAAGCAAGAAGAACAAGCAAGAUUCCAAGCAGAAGGAGGGCUAAGGGACGAUAUGGCCAAUGUAAGUGACGCUGCAAGAACUGGGCUUGAGCAGUAUAAAAUGCACCAAACCGCGAUUAAUGAAAAAAUGACUGAAAUGGUAAAAACAGAAAUUGAGUGCAGGCUGAAGUCUGAAAAUGACUUAAAAAAUAUGAUACAAAAUACAGUAAAAGGGCUGCUACAAGAGCUAGCUAUACAUAAAGAGACUAUGGACAAAAAUAGAGUUAAAGCAGAAUAUGAUGUAAAAGAAGCCUCAAAAUCUUUUUCAGAAAAAGCUGAUUUGUUAAGUAGAUAUAUUGAAGGUGAAAGCUCAAGAAUGUCAGAAAACCUCAAGCAGCAGCACAGCCAAAAUAAAGAAAUAGUAACAGCUUUAACAGAAAGCCUAAAGCAAACUAUAAUUGCUAAUGAAAAAUGAAAAUCUGAUGCAAGUAAAAAAAUUGUGAAGCUUGAAAAACUUGUACUCCAAGUCAGGACAGAAAUGAAUAAUUUUGCCAUGUCAGGCGAUAACCAAAUUGUUGCCAAAACAAAGCAGCUGCAAGCAAGCUUAGAAGCCCACUUAGCAAAUAACACAAAAAUAUUAGAAGACCGCAUUGAAAAUUUAGCAAAAAUGAUUGAUAACAGUCUUGGAGCUUUUGACCAGUCUCUUGCUCAUGAUAGAGAAGUGUUUUCAAGCAUUAUAAAUAAGUUAAAUGAGGAUAUUUUUGAGCAGCAUCAGAAUUAUUGUGAAGAUUUCGGGAAAUUAAAUGAGUGUUUUGAUACUUUACAGUCUGAGAUAGAACUAUUGGAUGAGCAAUUAAAUGAAAAAAUCCAGAAUGUAGCGAAACAGUCUGCUGUCGUGGAAUCACAAACUGCUGUGUGGCUGUCUACAGAAAAAUUGAUGAGAGAGCAUAUGAUUAAUAGAGUUGCUGAUGAGUUUGACGAAAAUAUAAAAGAGACUAAAGAAACAAUUGACAAGCUGAUUGAGACGUUAAUUGAAAAAGAGCAAGCUCAAGCUGAAAUUGAAGAAAAAAUUACUAAAAAAUUUGAAGAAGUGGAAGAAAAAAUUUCUGAUGUAAGAAAUGAGAUGGAACAUAAUGAACAAGUAAGAAAUCAGAAAGAAGCAGAAGCUGAAAAGUAUGCAACGAUUAAUGAUUUAUCCAGCAAAGCAGACGUUGAAGAAACAACUAAGAAAAUAGAGAAACUGAGAGGAAUUAUUGGGUUUAGAGAAAAAGAAGCCAAAGGACUCGUAGAAAUGUUGAAGCUUGAUGUUGAUAAAAUCAGUGAAAAGAGUGAUAAACUUGAAAGCAUGGUUAAUGAUUAUAUACAGGAGGUUAUUGAUAGAAAAAAUACAAGCUUUUAUGAAAGAAUUAUGAGGGAAAAUGAAAAGCUUUGGCAUGAUGUCGUAAAUUCAGUAAAAUUAAAUGAGAAUACCAAUAAUAAAGCGAAGCUGUCAGCAUUGCAGGAGAAAAUAUUGCAAAUUGCGAAUAAUUCAAAUGGAUAUGUUCCAAAAAUCAGAGAGUUCAGAGAGAUGUAG